AUGUUGGGGGUGAUUGAGGGGAUUUGGGAUCCUGAGGGGCCCAUCAGGGACCCCCAGCAGUGUCCCCCCCCCUGCAGCAGCCGCAGCACGUGCUCCUCGUGCCUGGCGCCCCCCUCGCCGUGCGCCUGGUGCCCCUCGGCGCGGCGCUGCUUCCUGUUCGCAGCCUACCUGGCCAGGUACCCGUACGGGGGGUGCCGAGGCUGGAGCGACAGCGUUCACUCGGCCCCGCAGUGCCGGGGCUGCUCCCAGCUCGGCUCCUGCCAGGAGUGUCUGAGCCAGCACGGCUGCGGCUGGUGCGGGCGGCGGCCGAACCCCGCGCUCGGCAGCUGCUUCGAGGGCGACUUCUCGGGGCUGCACCACUUCCCCAACUGCUCCGCGGCUCUGGCCCAGCUGAGUGACCACCUGAGUGACCACAGUGACCUGAGUGACCACGUGAGUGACCACAGUGACCACGUGAGUGACCACGGUGACCCCAAUGACCACUGGGGUGACCCAAAUGACCACCUGAGUGACCCCGAUGACCUCCAGAGUGACCCCAAUGACCACUGGGGUGACCCAGAUGACCACCUGAGUGACCCCGAUGACCUCCUGAGUGACCCCAAUGACCACCAGGGUGCCCACCAGAGUGCCCAGAAUGACCAUCAGAGUGACCAGCAGGGGUGA